AUGACAUCUGCAUUGACUAAGUUUGUACCAAAAGCACCACCUUUGAAUUUUGAGAUUCUGAAGGAAGUUCAAAGAUUUAUCGACCAGUCGAAAAGCAUUGUUUUUAUUACUGGUGCUGGAAUUUCUACAGAAUCAGGUAAAUAACAUUCGUAAGCUGAAUGUACUAAAUUGGUCGUAAUAACGUGUUAUUUUCAAAAGAUACUAAAUAUAAUAUUAAUUGUAAUAUUUAAAAUCUGUUUUAAUAUCUUAUAAUUGAUAAUUACUUCAUUUUAGGUAUACCAGAUUACCGGUCGGAAGGCGUGGGAGUUUAUGCUCGGUCUAAACAUCGUCCUAUACAGUAUCAAGAGCUGAUGACUAACGAGUACUGGAGGAGAAGAUACUGGAGCAGGAAUUAUGUGGCUUGGAAUGGGUUUAAUCAGGCUAAACCCAAUAUUACACAUCAAAGUAUGGCUGAUUGGGAACAGAGUUGCAGGUAAUUAAUAUAAUAGAUACUGGAUAACAUCUCACUGGAUAACUAAUAUAGUUUGAGGCACUAAAUGAAAUGAUUGUCAUGUUGCGUUGUGUUGUUUUAGAUUCAACUGGUUGAUAACUCAAAAUGUAGAUGCCUUACAUACGAUGGCUGGGUCAGAGAGGAUUACUGAGUUACAUGGAUGUGCGAAAAAAGUGAUUUGCACUGAAUGUAAAACAAUUUAUUCAAGGUGAGUCUUUCUUUCCUUCUUUCUUUCAUUUUAAUUCGAUUUGUUUUUCUAUAUUACUAUAAACGAUAAUAUAACAUGAACUGUAAGAUACGUUAAUUGUGAGUAUAGAGCAGAAAUUCAAGACUUGAUAAUCAAGCUGAAUCCUGAUUGGAAUGUGGAAGAGGUUGGGGAAAUGCGGCCAGAUGGUGAUGUGGAGAUACCUGACAGUGCUUUGAGUAACUUUCGUAUACCUUAUUGUUUACAUUGUGGAGAACGUAGCAUUCUGAAGACGAACGUCGUCUUCUUUGGAGAGAACGUUCCUUUGAAAGAAGUGGACUUGUGCUAUGAAAAGGUUGGUUACUUUGUUAUCAUACUCAAAGGCUAUUAGAAGGUAAAAAUAUUAGCUUUAGUAUUGCACGAAUAUAACACAGUGCACUAGUUAUGGCAAUCUAUUGUAGGUGGAUAACUGUGACUUGAUGGUGGUAUUAGGCUCUUCCUUGUCAGUAAUGUCGUCGUAUCGGUUUGUUCAUCAUGCAUCGUUAAAACAGCUACCUAUAGUCAUAAUCAAUAUUGGCCCUACGAGGGCUGACAACUUGGCUACGAUAAAGUUGCCGGCCAAGGCUUUUGAAGUAGUUACAAAACUCGGUGUAUAA